AUGGCCGACUCCAAGCAUGGCGAGGCUCGCUCGUCGACGCCUGGAGACCAGUCCAAUGCCCCGUCACCGCGCAACGAGGAUGACGCGCCAAACAGUCGACAGCAGCAACCCGGCGCUGCGUCAGAAGUAGCGCCUUCCAAGUCCACCAGCCGGGCCUCGUCGACCAGGAAUUCCACUCCCGCUGCCUCGCUCGAGGGGCGGCCGCCUGCACCACCUGCACCACCUGCACCACCACCACCACCAGACGCCAGCGACGCGUCUCCGGCCAUGGACACGGUGCAGCAGUCUCUCGAAGCCGCCAAUGGUGCGCCCGCCAAGGCAAAGUCAGCGUCCAAGGAGCCCGAGCAGAAUGGAGAUGCGCCGUCGUCGUAUGGCACGCGCUCGCGAGGCCGCCCAGGGAGGUCGCGACCCAAUUAUGCAGAGGACGCCGAAAUGGAUUUUGAAGCCCCAGCGGCGCCUGCUAAUGGCAACGUGUCUGACCCGCCAUCGCGUAGUUCCGUGGCUCCCGACAGCGCUCACGCCUCGAGUGCGAGUGGGAAGAAAGGUUCCGGCUCUGCGCAGGGCAAUGCGUCGUGGGGUAAUUCCGGAUCCAGCACCACCAAGGACAGCGCGGCGACUCUGAAUGCUGCCGGCACCUCAGCCACGGCUGCAUCGACGCAGUCCAGCACUCCGCAGCCUCAGCCCCCAACAAAACGGCGCAAGAAUGCUGCUGCCAACGCCGCAAAUGGUAGCCACGCAAGUGCCACUGCGCCAAGCCAAGCAGGGGCGAAGCGCGGGAGCCAGGCCAGCACCGCAAUCAUGGCCGCUAGCAGCGCCCGCGAGUCCAACAUGAUGACUUUUGAAAACACGGCCGCCCUGCUCAGAGACGGCCGCCUCGAGGCAGACGAUGGCCAAAUCGUCUCGGUGAAUGAUCAAGUGUACCUCGUGUGCGAGCCGCCCGGCGAGCCCUACUAUCUUUGCCGGGUCAUGGAAUUUAUCCAUGUCGACAACGACCCCAAGAAGCGCGUCGAGUCGCUGCGCGUCAACUGGUUUUAUCGCCCGCGAGACGUGCAGCGCUACAACAACGACACUCGUCUCGUCUAUGCGACGAUGCACUCUGACCUCUGCCCCCUGGCCUCGCUGCGAGGAAAGUGCCAGAUCCUGCACCGCAGCGAGAUUGGCGAUCUGGACGAGUACCGCAAGACCAAGGACAGUUUUUGGUUCAACCAAGUCUUUGAUCGCUUCAUCCAUCGCUGGUACGACGUCAUCCCCGUCUCGUCGGUCAUCAACGUUCCCGACAAGGUCAAGAAGGCCCUCGACGAGCGAUGGAAGUACAUUUGCCUCGAAACGAGUCGUGUCAAGGAAUUGACCAGCGCCGUCAAGAGCUGCAAGCGUUGCGUUGGGUAUUGCGCCGCGAAUGACUCAGUGGAAUGUGCCGUGUGUCACAACACAUACCACAUGAAUUGUGUACGCCCGCCGUUGCUAAAGAAGCCAUCUCGUGGUUUUGCGUGGGCUUGUGGACCAUGCAGCAGGGCCCAAGAGAAGAAGCUCGAGGCCCGUUUGGGCACCACCAACGAGGAUGCCGAAGAAGAGGAGGUAAUCGACGAGGAAGAGGAGGAAGCCUGUGCAGACACCAAUGCGCCAACCCCGGAUCCUGACACCCAAAUCGACACGCACCCUGCGACGCAGGCCGAGAUAGCGUUAGCUAAGAUGUGGCCCAUGCGAUACCUCGGUAUCCACUGCAGGGUGGAGGACGCACUGCAGUAUGAUGAUCGAGCCAUCUAUCCACGCGCCAGCUCUCGAUUGGGUCCACGACACCAGGCGAACGUCAAUGUUUGGCACGGGCAUGCGGUUGAAUUCGUCAAGCCCGCAGAGAUCAAGAAGCGGUAUGUCAAGGCGGCAGGCAACAAGAAAGAAGGCAAGCUGUCGAAAGAAACCGUCGCUGCCAUCGAAGCCGACAAGGCAGAGAAGGCCAAGCGCCCCAAGUGGGUCAUGGACGAGCCUCCUGGCUAUGUUCGCCGUGGAGAAGACCUGCCAAACAGGGAUGCCAAGUGCACUGCGGAGCUAAUGUUCAAGAUGCCUCCUUUGGGGGUACAUUCUACACGAGGAGAAGAUGAUGCCCCGACUGUCACGGAGGAGCAGGUCAAGGCUUACAUGGAUCGAGCAAGAGCCUUGGCCAAGUCGCACGUUGGAGUCGAGCCGUACAACACCAACUUUCUUGACAAGUGCUUGGCUCUUUUCACCAAGCAUCAAUACGACGCCGAUGUCGCCCUGAAGCAUGUCAAGAAGAUUGACAAGCGGAGAGAUCUGAAGGAGCCCGAACUGACCAAGGAGGAAGAGAAAAAGUGGAACGAAGGGGUUGCAAAAUACGGUUCGGAGAUUAGGCUCGUCCGCCAGCACACGAGCAAAACCAUGUACUAUGGAGACGCCGUACGCUACUACUACAUGUGGAAGAAGACGCUCAAAGGAAGAGAAAUAUGGGGCUCUUACAGUAGUCGGAAAGGCCGCACUAAGAAGGUCGAGCCUGACGCGCAGGCCCGCCUUGUUGACGAUGUUGCCGACGACCAAGACGACUCAGCCUUCGAUAGCGCCAAGGCUGUACAACGCAAGCGCCUUUUCCAAUGCAAGUUCUGCGGGGUCCGACAUUCGCGCCAAUGGAGGCGGGCUCCAGGCGUGACUCCCGGCCAGAUGGUACCACCCGAUGGCCGUUCCAAGGACAAGACUGGAUUCCUCGUUGCGCUUUGUCUGCGUUGUGCUAAUCUGUGGCGCAAGUACGCAGUGACAUGGGAAAACGUCGACGAGAUUGCCAAGAAGGUUGCGCAGGGCGGAGGAAAGGCUUGGAAGCGACGAAUAGACGAGGAGCUCUUGCGCGAGGUCUACGCCGCACAGUCGGAUCCCAGCUCCAAGAACGCGACCCCCGAGUACGUCGAGGUCCCAGCCGCUACAGCUCAGCCGGUUGCAGAACCGCCGAAGAAGAAACAGAAAACUGCGGCUGCGGCUGUUACGAAUGGAGAAAGCGGGACGUCGACCCCAGUCGCUGAGCCAGUGUCGAAGAAGAAGGAAAAAGAAAAGCCUGCUCCAGUCGUCAAAGCCCCCACGCCUCCUCCGGUCCCGUCGCCUCCAAAGUAUCGAGCUUUGCCCUGCGCUGUGUGUCGAACGUCAGAAGGCACACGUCUGGAGUGUGCGGCUUGUAAAUUGACAGUCCACAGACCUUGCUAUGGUAUCGAAGAAACACGACAAGCCAACAAGUGGUACUGCGAUCCGUGCAAGAACGACAAGAAGGAAAGCGUAUCAUACACAUAUGAAUGCGUGCUCUGCCCUCAGAAGGAUACUGAACAGGACUUUUAUGAACAGCCCAAGGUUACGCACAAGAAAAAGACGGAUCGCGACCGGGAGAAAGAGCGGUUGGAGAAGGAGCUUGUCGACAAGGCCAAGGAAGAAUACCGCCUUCGCCAACAGGAGAAAGGCAGGCCCGUUGUUCCCCGCGAACCGCUCAAGCGUACUGCCGACAAUAACUGGGUCCAUGUAUACUGCGCUCUCUGGCAUCCCGAGAUCAAGUUCAGCAAUGCAGCUCGCCUCGACAUGGUGGAGGGCAUAGGUGCGCCAACACUCCGGUACGACGCGGUUUGCAAGCUGUGCAAGACGACGCAAGGCGCAUGUGUGUCGUGUCUGCAAUGCCACGCCACAUUCCACGUUGGGUGUGCUCACAACCAUGGCUACAUUCUCGGUUUCGAUAUGACCCCGGUCAAGGUGUCUCGCAGGGAUGCGGUACCCACAGUGACUAUGAAUGGGGAAACAGGCACACUGAUCGCGGCAAUCUGGUGCAAGGACCAUGCGCCCAAGACGGUUGUUCAUCCUAUGGAUGAGCAAGUGCAAGGAACGGAUCUGAUUGCCCUGCAACUUUUCGCUCGCGAGUUCAAGCAAGCAGAUCUGACCCUGACUGGUACCGCGCGCAAGGCCAACCUGGUUGACCAGUCGACGCGCAUUGCACCACAGGCUGCGCCAGCACAGGUGAACCGUAGGGCAUCCGCAGUCGCUGCGCCUACCCCCACGUCUGCGCGGGGACGACAGUCGAACGCAGGCAUAUCGGUCAAGGAAGAGUCAAACGAGCCAAUGGUGUACAAGUCUGAGCGCAAGUGUGCACGCUGCAAGAUCGAAGCCAGUCCACGAUGGUGGAAGGUUGACGGGGAAGUGGCGGCACCCAAAAUCCCUCGAGUGGUGGAUGGACCGCUGGACAUGAACGGCCAUAUGGACAAGAAGCCGCUGGUUGACGAAAACAAAAUGGCCAAUGGCAUCGGUACCGAGGACCAGCCCAUGACGGACGCGCCAGCUGUUGCUUCGCCUGCACGCAAAAGUCUACGUUUGGACACGGACAGGGACGUAGCUUUGUCCGGUGCCUAUUUGUGCCAGAAGUGCCACUGGAAGAAGCAGAACGGCACGGAUGAAGAAGAGGAGGAGCGAGCGAGGGCCGUGUCCAUCUUCAAAGAACCGCCGCCGCAAUACCCUCUGCCCGCGGCCCAGAUUCCACAAUACGUGCCGCCUCCACCAGCGCUGGCUGGUCCAUGGGCGCUACCUAGCGGCCCCCCAAAUCAGCCGCCUCCAUUGCCGUCAUGGCAUAGUAGUGUACCACCCGGGCCCGGACAUCCCCCGCAUCAUCUACCCAACGGAACUGGCUACGUACCGCCACCACUACAAGCCCCGUCUGUCGGCCAUGUUCCCCCUUUUCAUGCGCCUUACGCGCCUCAACCAAACGGAUAUGCGGCAUUUUCGGGUGCACCGUUGCACUCGGCGAUUGUUGCCGCAGGGCUCCGGCCUCCGUAUUCGGGACCGCCCAUUAGUGGGCCUCCGCAGCUACACCACAACAACGGAGCGAUGCUGGUGAAUGGGGCGAUGCCAUCGCCGAGGACAAUGCCCUACUCGCCUACUCACCAUCAGGUGCACCCUGCCUCGCGCGAAAGCCCAUUCAUUGCGCCUCCUCCUGCCGUCGCCCAGUACCCGGGCAUACACGGGAGUCCUGCGCCUGGACGACCGGCUACUCCUAUGGAUACAGUAAUGCGGGAUGCUCCGGCUGUGACUUCAGCGCCCACUGAGCGCGCCAGUACGGGAGCAAGUGCGAGUCCGUCACUUCGCAAUUUGCUACAUUAGAGUUUUGCACUUCUCUUUCAUGUACUCGUAAGCUUUUUUUUAUUCUUAUUCAUUUCCUUUGAGCAUGGGAUCGGAGUCGAUGCCUCUAGGCAUUUUCAGCAUGGAGUGCAGGAAUGCGACUGGACCGGGUCGCAUUGAUGCGGAACAGCAUGGGAGAUUUGGACAGUGACAAGGCGGAGGGGGGGGUUUGACAGUUGCAUGUCGGGUCAUUGUUGGGUCUGCGGUUAGGCGUUUGGUGGCAUUAUACCACAACGUUUGCAACGC